AUGCCUCGCAAGGACUUUCAGCGUGAUCUGAGCCAAGCAGCCAUCGCACAGUUUCCCUAUCUGAGUAACAUCAAGGCGGGAGAUAACGAUGGGUCGAUCGCAUUCAGGUUCUUCCAUCGUGCAGAGGAUAUCAAAAUCGAGUUUCAGGCCAUCGCAUCAGACUCUAGCGACUACCCCCGAUCACAUAGCUACUUCGUUUUCACUACCUCCGAUGACGUUCCCAAGAGCAUUACAACGGCUGUAGAAGGUGUCCAGCCUCUGCUCGAGGGAGCUUCGAUCACGAAACUGCUCACUACCGUUAGCCAGGUUGUCGAGAGCGCCAUAUAUGGAGAGGAUUCCUUAUCGGACAGUUUGGAGAAGGUGGGCACUGAUGAUGAGGUUGAAUACGACUAUGAGGAUGAGGAUUGGGAAGCAACUAGCGAAGUUUAUGUCGUAGCGCCGAUGAAACUGGAAGCAGAGGCACGGUCAAUGCUCCGCCGUGAUCUUCGCGUCGUGAAGAGUGCAGGCUUCAGAUUGGGAUACCUCGGUAUUGCGACCGGCUCUAUUAUUGUUGCAGUAUCCUGCCGCGUCUCCAAAUUGGGAAUUUCAGAGGAUGCUAUGCAGGCUUGGGAUGUCAAGCCGUCAGAGUACUUGGUGUUACUCCUUCGUUAUCCGUCAGCGUACCGGGAUUUGGAAGAUCUUCUUCGCAACGCAGGGAAUCUAAUGCCUUUGCUCCAGAUGUAUGUUGGUCUUUGCACUUCAUAUAAGCCCAGCCAUGAGGAUGCCAUCCGGGUCUUUCAAGGUAAGGCCGCCGAACAGCAACAGGGUGAUGGUCCUACAGAGUCUAGUGCUUCGGGUGGUGCUUCGGGCCCCAGCAUAAGACCUUUGUUCAUCGAUAAAGCAAUCAAUUCCUUGCUCAACGAACGACUUCUGGCCAUUAUCAGUUACCGAUUGAAACUUGGCCUUUCAUGGACAGGAGCAGAGCUGUACGCUCACCAGUUCCAAGGCAAGCCUUCCAGUUCCCGGGACGAACUGUUGGACGAGUAUUUCGAGCCGGACAGUUGGAGCAGCGCAACACCCGACUUACUGUUAGCUGAUCAUGUUGCUGAUAGCAACCGUGGCCAGUCCCAACUCUCAUUGCCGCUGCUUGCCAUGCAGUUUACCCUUCGCCACUUUGUCAAGUGUACCGAGUUCUGCCUUGUCUGUCAUUGCAGAGUUUCCACGGAUUUCGAGGCCCUGAAACCAUACGUAUGUUCGAACAGUCUAUGCUUGUAUCAGUAUAUGGCGCUGGGAAUGGGCCCCAGUCUGGAAUAUGAGAUCCUUUCGCAGCCCUAUGUCGUCGAUCUGCUCAUCAGUCUAGCCUACUCCCGGGCAAAAGCCGGUCGCCUCGAGGAUUUCCCUACUGGUCUUGGUAUAAAGGUCCCUGGUGCGAUCGGAUGGAUAGAACAACCCAAUUACAAUCGCUACUAUAACCAGCUCCAUCAACAGCCAGUUGCGAAACUCAGGCCCACUCCAACGUUGUAUACUGCGGACCUGGAUUCGGCUAAUCUGGUGCUUCGUCUUGAACGUGCUGACGAGAUUCCUCCUCUUAAAGUCGGUGAUUGGAUUGCAAUCACGGAUUUUGAAAAGCAUAAGGAUACUAAUGGAAACAAUUACAAUUCAAACGCCAACAGCAUCUACCCCUACAACUACCAAGUGAACACAAAGCCUACUGGCCAAGGCCAGUGGCAUAGUCGGGUGCAGACCAUUGACGACCUACUUAUCCAACUCUCGUCUCCAAUUAACUACGGCGAUCUAGUUUCGGGGCCAAAGAAAGGCGAUUCGAAAAAAGGGAACAAGGAUAAUGUGCAAACUGUGAAGUUUGUGAUCUAUGAUACCAACUUCGAUAACUUGGACGAGAAUGAGAAGCGGGGAGUGAUACCAUUACUUCUAAACACCCUACCCAGCGUUGACGCCAUGACUCAGUAUCUUAGCAUGAUUCCUGAUGGAGGAUCUCUUGCCUUGUGGAAAGACCUCAUCUCACCCGCAGCAUUGGAUGUGCUGAGAUGGAUUGUCGCAUCAAACCGCUCAUUCAUUAUGCUUGAUGGCGAUUAUAAUCCCGAGCAUCUCAUCCCCGACAUGGAUGGAUAUGUCCAAUUCCGACUCAUCCAAGGAGCUCCAGAUAAAGAGCAUAAGUUUGAAAACGCCGUCAAAAACCACACAGCUAAUUCAAAACAUCCAUCCAUAUUUACCUGGCAUGGCAGCGACCUGUGUAACUGGCACAGUAUUCUGCGCGAGGGCUUCAACUUCAAAUACGUCGCGCACGGUCGAUCCGAAGGCCAUGGGGUCUACAUGGCUCGAGAAUUCACCACCUCCACGGGUUACUGCUCGAAUAUCUACGGCGCGUACAACGACUGGCCGCAGAGCAAAUUGAAGAUCUCAAUGGUUCUCUCGCUGAAUGAAGUCGUCAACGCGCCGAAUAAGUUUGUGUAUUCAGGGAGAUUCUACGUCGUCAACCAGGUGGACUGGAUUCAGCCGCGAUAUCUCUUCGUCCAGUGCCAGGAUGCUCCGCCCAGAUCCAAAGCGCCUGGGUCAUCUGUUGUCUACGAGCAGGACCCAGCGCUUCCAGCCGUCGGGCCCACCGGGCAAACUCUGUCUUUGCCAUCUUCGAGGCUCGGGGGACGGGGACAGCAGUUGCUCCAAAUGCCCAAGGUGGUGCAACCACCUCCAAAGUUUCAAUCUGUCGAGGAGAAGCCUGCACCCAAACCACCUUCAAAGAAACCACCUGCGAAGCGAGCGGCGCCUAAAGCCGCUGGAAAGAAGACUAAGCGGCGCCGGACGAAGAAUGAGCAUGAGCCUGAGAGCCCCUUGAUUGACAUUACAGCGACCAAGGAUGAUGAUACCGCCAGUGUUGCUACGUUAUACGAGGAUUUAGAGAUCCUCCUAUCUGACGUCGAGGACGAAGAGCCUGUUGAGGUCAUUCCCCCGACAGACUUCCUACCCGGAACCCUAGACGAAAGAACACUCCCCAUGCUCAGCCACCCCACAUACGCAACAACCACCGCCACCAAAACCCUCCAACAACAUCUCAAAACAACUCUCGAGAUCCAAGACAAAGAAUACCCCGGCGCGCUAGGCUGGUAUGUCGACCCCAAACUAAUCAACACCGUCUACCAAUGGAUCGUCGAGCUGCACUCCUUCGACCCGGACCUUCCACUCGCCCAGGACCUCAAAAACGCGGACCUAAAAAGCAUCGUUCUCGAACUCCGCUUUCCAGCCCAAUUCCCACUGGCCCCGCCGUUCGUCCGUGUGAUUCGUCCCCGUUUCCUGCCGUUCCAAGAAGGUGGUGGUGGACAUGUCACUGCCGGCGGUGCGAUGUGUAUGGAGCUUCUUACGAAUACAGGGUGGUUGCCGACUGCUACGAUUGAGAGUGUGUUAUUGCAGGUGCGACUGGCGCUUAUGAGUCAGGAUCCUGCGCCGGCGAGGCUUUCGAGUGAUUGCAAUCUUGAUUAUAACGUUUGGGAGGCGGUACAGGCGUAUAGGAGGGCGUGUAAUGCGCAUGGGUGGGGGAUUCCGGAUGGUUUGACGAAUAUUUCUUAG